UUUUUAUUACUUGGUUCCCCUUUCAGUGUCUGUCCGACCCUGCUGCCUGCAGAACCAUUUGUGCAAGAUCUCCAUAUUAAAUAGACUUUAGAUGACUUUAUUAAUUUUUUUAACCUCAGUAACCUCCAUUCCAUACAUGUGUACAUACUGUAACUUUUAUGAUAACUUAUCUUUAUAUCGCCUACGAUGUACUUAGGUAUACUUAUCUAAACAAAAUGAUAAGAGAGCAAUAUAGAAAAAACCUCAUUUUUGUCAAUGAUGAUAUCUCGUGGCAUAUUCAUCAGUAAUCUCCCAGCAGUGCAAGAAGAAUGUUGGAUGUUUUCCUAAAAUAAAAAUCAUAGCGAGAAAUAAUCACGGUACACGGUCAAAAUAUCGACUUAAGAUGUUUUGAGAUCAUCAUCAAUGAUGCGGUGCUUUUACGAAACAUCAUGGAACAUUACAAAAAAAGACUGAUCCGGUGCCAGACCAGAGAUCAUCAAACCCAGAAAUUGUCGGGCCUACCCUGUCAAGAAGAGAAUGUGGACAACGAAACUUCCAAAGAUAUCGAUUUUCCAGAAAAAAUAUCAACUUGUGAAAGUCACAAAAACGUAGAUAGGAAAGCUAUGAGACAAAAGAAAAUCGCAAGGAAGAGAGCAGUGUGCAGAGCAAAAUUUCGACACACCAACAUGGAACUGUUUAAAUUGGGAACGAGUAUGCCGACUUCCCUGUGCAAAACAAAACAACCCUACAACGUGUGCACGGAAAAAACCCUCCAGCUGACCUGCGAAAACAAACCCCGCAACAGCAAGAAACCAGAAGAGCCCUUGCCCAAGGAAGCCAUCACUGAAUUCAUCAUAAAUUCCAUAGAAGGCAACCAGAAGGACCUCUUGCCAAGAUCAAAAUCCACCGAGCACUCGAAUAAAACCACAGGGAGACAUAGCCUUCCCCAACUGGUUCCAGAGAUGCCCUUAAAGAAAAAAGUUAGGUUCUCCCUAGGGCCCAACGCAUCAGAAAAUAAUGAGAGGCAAGCCGUAGCAAAGAGAAGAAAAACUGUUAUUGGAACCGAAACUUUCAUGGAAACCACCAACAGUAAAUUUGAAACUGAACCGAAUCCAAUUGAAAACCAUCCAUCACAAAACGUCACUGUGCCACUUCACUCAAAAUCUACCGAUCUGACAGCUUCUUAUAAACCCUCACACUCCGAAGCUGUGACAACGCCGCACUUGCAUCACAAUCUAAUCACUAGCCCGAUUAUCAAGGAACAAGAAAAAAAUCACACCGAUCAGAACUUCAAGGAAGGACUGGGGGAGUUACAUCAGAAUACAAUACAUCUCAGAGCAAUAGCUCCCAAAGAAACACCAAAUAAGAACAACAACACAAUUGCUUAUAAAGACCCACUGGUUGAUCUAGGAUCUCGAACCAAUGAAGAAGAAUCAAGAACAGUUGCACCUGUUGAUCCAUCUGUUGAUCUGGGACUUCGAACUCAUCAGCAAGGGGAAAGGUUCUUUCAGCCACAAGAUCCUCGGAGCCAAAAGACGACAGCUCCUGGUGACCUAGGAUCCCAUCCCAAUGAAUCCUUUGAGGAAGGAACUAGACUAUUCAGUUCUGGAAAUAAAAGGAACAGUCACGAAGCAAUUGCUCCAGGAGCAACCUUCGACGAAGGGCAGAAGUUGUUCCGUUCGCAGAAUAGUAGGGAUCACAGAAGGAAAUAUCCAGAGGACCCAUCUUCUGAUAUGGGUUUCCAUAACAAUGCUUUUAAGGAGAGACCACCCAUGGAGCGGAGACAGCAAAGUGGGGAAAAUCAGCCAAUUAACCUAUCAGUGAAACAACCUCCUUCGUAUCCAGCAUCAAGCAAAACGGAUAGUAUGCCUACACAGACACGAGUGUCCUAUAACAUAUUUCCAGAGAUCAAAGAGCAAAUAACGAGACUGGGGAACACCACCACGAAUCGUCAAACCAAAACUAGAACACACGAUAAAAAAAUCGACGACUUGAUAAAGUACCUAGUGGAGACAUCGAAAGCGGCAAUGACCACGCCCUUUUCCAUUAGAAACCUUCUUAUCAUGAACAAAAACUACAGAGAACUGCAAAUUUACUUGAUGAAAACUUGUGUUUCGAAGAAAGCGAAGCUCGCCAUCACAGCAACUAUGAACGAACUGAUAUCGUACGUUAGCUACAAAAUUUUUGGCGAAUCAAACAACAUGCAUUUCCGGCUGUACACGGAAAAACUGCUGGACACUACUCUGGAAAAUCACAAAGCAGAACUCGAGAAUUUCCUUAAUUCGAGUAUUUACAGCGAAGACGACGACCGGUUCAGAGAGUUCUUCAAUUGGAUAGGUUUCAUCAGCAGAGAAAUCGCGCUUAGCAAUCGACAAAGCGUUCUUUAUGAAAUUCCAAUACAGUACCAAAAUGGGAAUGUGAACUACAACAGACCUGUGUUCAUGGAAAACCAUGGGGGCAGAGAGAAAUCCAGCUUCCCAUUAUCGAAUCCUCCGUACCUAAAUUUUCCAACAACUAUUUCAAAUCCACAUCUGAAUCCACAGUUCCCAACAACAAUAUCAAAUGGAAUGUCUCUGCCAAAUCCACAUAUACCUGCUAAUACUCUGCCUUAUCCAACUCCACAAUUUCCUAUUCCAAAUUCAAGUUUGUCCACAUCAAUACCAUCUUCAAUUACAUUACAGUCACAAUUAGCAACAUCAGUGACUGUAUUAGAUCCGAAAACAUCUGCUAACCCAAUGCCUUUACCAAAUCCACAGUUCCCAAAACCUGCUCCACAAUUCCCAACAAUGCCUCUGCAAAAUCCAUAUACAACUGCAAGCACUCUGCCCUAUUCAAUUACACAAUUUCCUAUGCCAAAUCUGAAGUUGUCUACAUCAACGACUGCAUCAAGUUCACAGUUAUCAACUUCUUCUCUGAUUGCAAUGCCCCCACAAUCUUCAACAUCAGUGACUGUAUCAGAUCCACAAUUCUCGAGAGCAUCUGCUAAUCCGAUGCCUUUACCAAAUCCACAGUUCCCAAAAACAGCAUCUAAUACAAUGCCUCUGCUGAAUCCGUAUACAACUGCCACUACUUUGCCCACUCCACAGUUUCCUAUUCUCAAGUCAAAGUUAUCUACAUCAACGACUACAUCAAGUUUACAGUUAUCAACACCUUCUUCGAUUCUGAUGCCUUCACAACCUUCAACAACUGUUGGUACUAUGCCUGUUCCAAAUCCACAGUAUCUAAUAUCACCUUCCCUCAGAAUUCCUCCUCCAAAUACACAAAUUUCAACAGCAACUACUGAAUCAAAUCCACAGAAUCAUACAAAAAUAACUGUCCCACAGAAUACUAGUUCAGUGAAUGAGAAACUACUCAAGAUUUGUAAUUUGAAGAGCAAAUAUUUGGAGAAAGAUCCAGAAGCUAGUAUAACGAUUGAUGAUGAUCCUAUCAGGGAAAAAGAUUCGAUUGAAGAAAAUCGUAAAACAAAAAGUGUGAUAGUAAAAGAAAAACCGAUGGAGAUAACGAAAGUAGGCCGAAGUUUGAAGGAGAUACCCAUGGACGAUGUUGAACACCAGGAAGUUUUAGAGAAAAUAAGAGAACUUGAGCAGAUGAGAGAAAUCAGUACAGCAAAAGUCAUCCCGGAGCAUUUGGAGAAGAGUCCGGAUUUUCAACUCUUCAAGGAGAUUUUGAAAGAGGAGGAUAGAGACGUGUAUAAGAAGGUGCUGAAGAAAUUGGUUCGAGUCAAAAAGGAUACAGCUAGAGCUGCAGUUAUUUUGAUUGAUGAUGAUGAAGAUACUUCAAUACGUAAAGUGCGCACCGAAAAUCAACCAUAUUCGAUUGACCUAACAGAAAAGAAGAAGCUACCGCCAUUUUUGAUUGAUUUGACAAACACCAGAUCAAAAACCAGUAAAAGCUCAAACGAACCUCCUCGAAAAAAAAUCAAGAAGAAUCUACCACUCAGAAUCUUCAAUGAAAUUUUAGUUAUUGAUGAUGAUGACACAUCUAAACCUGCAAAUAAAGAUGAGAAUCAGAAUUGUAUAGAAAAAAAUAAAGAAAGCACAGAAAAAUGGUGUCCUAUAAUAGAGGAUAUUUCAGAUGACGAAUCUCAAUCGAAUCCACAACAAAUCCAUAAUGAAAAUCCACUAGAAACAACCAAGGAAAUUAUCAGUAAUGAAAAUGAGAUGGAAACAGAAGGCCAAAAACCGUGUAGAAAGAAUAUUAUCACAUCUACAAGAGAAAAUAACAUCAACGCUAUCAACAAUGAAAAAGACACCGACACAGCUCAUAAAGAAACUAAAGAAAUCAGUUCGGUAGAUAAAACUGAGCACCAAGAUGUCAAAUUCAUGUCUGCCCAAACAAAACCGUCAACGAAAAAUAUCUGUACUGCCUCAACAACUGCUCAAAAAAAUAGUAUUGACACAUCUAAAAUACCUAAAAGUGAUGUUGCCAAUAAAGAAAUUUUUUUAGGAGAUAACGAUUCAGAGUCAAGAAGCAAUAUCAUUUCCCUAGCCCUGACUGAGACUGAUUCGAAAACAAAUAAAGAUACGAAAUCGAAACCAAUAGCUGAAACUAACAUACCUAUCGAAAAAGGCACAGAAACCAACUUUCAAGUAACACACGAGAAAGAUAUGGAUUGUGAGCCAGUACAAUCUCAGCUGGAAACAUCAUCAUCAAGCAAAACUAGAAUAAUUAUUAUCCAUAAAAAGACAGAAGCCGAAAGACCUGAAGACCUCAACACAAGAGACACUUUGCUUGAGCGUCUAAAAGCGAAAUCAAUAAGGGGUAAUAUUAUCACCCCAACAACUAAUGAAACUGAAAUUAGCACUUAUAAGGACUCAGAAACCUAUAUGAUUGAAGAACGUCUAAAAAAUAGGGACCAGCAAACUUAUAUAGAUUCUUUGCCAGCACAAACUGAGGAGCCUAUAGAAAAAAAUCUAAAUUCAUCAUUGAUAACAACCAAUACUACCAAUAAUGAAGCACGAACAAACGGAACUGAAGAAACUGAUGAUGAUACAAAACUGAGAACGCACAAAACUUCCAUACCUCUCAUUCCUAAAACUGUCAUAAGUGCUACUAAGGACAUAGUUAAUGCAGACAAAACCCACUACCAAAACAUACAAUCGAGAAGAAAAAGUGUAAUUUCACCUUCAACCACACACACUAACACAUGUACUAAUAAUGCAGAACAAUUAAAACCCAUGGUUUACAAAACCAAACCAGACGACCUCAAUGUAGAACCAAGAGAAGAUAAUAUCCUCUCAUCCCCAGAAACCGACACCAGUUCCGUUAUAACAAACGGUGUCAUUCAUAUAAGACCUGAAGACAUAUCCCAACCCCUUUCAGUCAUAUCGAAUACGACACCCCUAACUGAAACAGCAAAGCUUCAUGCAAGACCUCGAAUAGCUCAACCAGCUAACAAAACAGACUCAGAUUCUGAGAGACACAAUCAGGAGACAGGAACAGUGAUACAUCAAACGCAGCCUGAAGCAUCUUGUUUGUCCAGACUUUCGAACCCUGCAAGUGAAGCAGUCUUCCUCCAACCAACUACACAGGAGGGCAACGGCGCGAUACCAAGAAGUGCUUCAGCCGGAAGAGAUACAUUCACCCCAGAUGGUCACAGACAACAGUGGUUCCACAAUGGCCCCUCGUCUUCAAGGUCCCACUCGGUACCGCUAGCAUGGCACCCUUGGCUCCACAACGAGCAAGGCAGAGGAGCCUCCACCAGCAGAAGACAAUCCGUGGAGACCAUAAGCAAUGCUGGAAGCGACUACAGCCCCACUGUCGCCCCAGAAGCCACAGUUUUCGAAAUCAGGCUGGACUCCAAGUGGUACCGAAUUUCCAAGAACCUCUACGACAAGAUCCCCAAAGGUAAGCUCCGGUACGUCAAAGAAAAUAACGCCUUCGUUCGGUACUGCGAUGGAUAUGAGAUGGAGCAAUUCGUCGAGAAUAUCAGUGAAGCGCAGCACAACGAGGAAUUGAAAGGACGUUUCAUUCGACUUAUCCGCCAUUGUAUGUACCUGGGGCCGGUGCAUUCAGGGGAGGUUAUAGAGAUGAGUGGAGACGUUAAGUUUUCGAGUGACGCUUAUGUGUCUGAACCCGAGACGUACUCUGAGGAGGUUUCUAAGGUGGAGAGGUUCAUCCCCUCGGAUUUUUUCGGGUUCUAUUUGUACGUCACGGGGUUUCAGAUUGUGCAUGGGAACCCACCUAUUUCGUUUCACACGUUUUUGAUGAUGCACAAUACGAAUCGGACACUGUUGUUGCUCAAGAAAUACAUUUAUAAUCUUCUGAGGACGGGUAUAGUUAACUUCAGUUUCACCAGUCAAGAUUCAUAGUAUUUUAGCUCUAUGUAUUUAGUUUGUCCAGUUUUCGAUACUUUUGCGCAAUACCGGGUGUCAACGAAUAUAUUAGACACGUCAUAACUUCUAGACUCUAGACCAUUAGGUGUAUCAAAAUGAGAUUUGGUAUUGGUGAAUGGUAUGUGAAGAGGAGAGUUUUCACAUAUUUUCCACUUUCCGGUCACUUCUGGUUUCACCGGAAAUGGCUCCGGUUUUGAAUCUUUAAAUGGAACACUCUGUAUAUUGUAACAUUUUUGGAUUUCUGAGACGUAUACGUAUAAUACAGUGGCGUAUUGAAUUUCUUUCUGUAAUCGUUCAUUUUUAGAAAAUGGCGCCAAAAUAAUUUAUUUUUUCAAAUGAAAUAAACUAUCAUAUAUUUUUGAUGCGCAAGAAGAAAUCUGAAUCGAACUGGAUAGAAAUAUACAGGAUGUCCCAUUUGAAACAAAAAUAUUUUGGCUUUAUUUUCUGAAAAUGAGCUUUUACAGAAAUAAAAAGAGUACACCACUGUCUUGUACGCACAAAGUUAUAUUAGGCUCCGUUCCCAUCCUGCCGAUAAGUUGAAAACUGACCAAGAUACGGGAGGUGCUCAAAUAGUGAUAAUUUUAUAGUUCGCCCUGUAUCUCAAAAACAUGAAGGACUGUGAAAAUUUCGAUUGCGGCAUUGUUCGUUUCACAAAAUCAUCGAAAACUAGACACACUGUACAAUAUGGUACAGGGUGUCUCCUAAUAUUUUGACUCAUACAACUUCAACUAUAGGCGUUGAAAUUUAAAGAAAGUUCAAGUGUUUUAAAAAUGAAACACCCUUUAUAUUCUCAACUCUAGUAGAAGAUAUUUCUCUCCUGUUCCAAAUAUACAGUGUGUCCCGCUUUUCAUGAAUACACCCUGAUAUCUCAGUUAUUAAUAGUGCCAUUCUCUUGAAAUUUUUGUAGUGAUUGUAUGUUAGAAUGAGGAAGUAUUUAGCAGAAUGAACAGUUUCAUUCACCAUUGGCGUGCAAUGUUGAGGGGUGCCAAAAAGGCCUUUAUUUGGGAAAAGGAUUUUAGGACUCAUUAU